AUGGACAAAGCUCACCUCCUGAAAGGUCAUAUGCCUGGAGAGAGAAUGAAAUCUUUGGCAAUGGCUGUCCGUUCUGCCACGCUGAAGUGCUGCACAAUGUCGAGCGAACUCCAACAAACCGCCUUGUCUGAAAUUCUGAGAUAUCUCUGUGUCCUGUUUGCUGCACUGCAAGAAAUACGCAUCAGAGACCAACCCGUCAUCAGCGUCGGAGAUUACAACAUUUACUGUGUCUAUGCUGAUGAAGAGGAGGUAGGAAGCUGUGCUAUAGCUGUGAGGAACGACUACAAAAACCUGGUUGAGGAAUUCGGCUCGACGUCGACAAGAUUCGCCUUGUACGGCUGCAGCAUAACAGAGGAUGCAAACUCUGGAUCAUACGAGCUCAUGCAGCUACGGGGACCGCUUAAGAGAAAAAUGAAGACGCUUUCUAUGAUGAAUUGA